GAGGAACUCGCUGACAUGCGCGCGUUGCUCCUUGCCUAUGCGGGCGUCGUCACAGCGUUUGUGCAGCCUCGUUUAAUUGCUCUUUCGGCGUCGUCGCUUAUAAAGUCAUCCCCGAUCGCGCGCUCGGGGAUUAAGUUGUCCGCUGCGCCGACUAUGAUGCCAUCGCCGGAUGACCCUCCCGAGGUGGACCCGCGACGACGGGAUCCUGAAAAACCGAGCAUCCCACCUGUGCGAAUGCCUAUGGUGGACACAGGCGAUGGCCAGAUGGACGUAAUAUCCCGUCUCCUCCGGGACCGAAUUCUACUCUUGGGACGGGGCGUCGAUGACGAGGUUGCGAACGUGCUCGUCGCACAGCUGCUCUACCUCGCGAAUGAUGACCCUACAAAAGAUAUCACCCUGUACAUCAACUCGCCAGGCGGGUCUGUGAGCGCGGGAAUGGCCAUCUACGACACGAUGCAGUUUGUACCAUGCGAUGUCAGCACCGUUUGCUUUGGCACCGCCGCGUCCAUGGGGGCAUUCCUACUCGGUGCCGGUGCCAAGGGUAAGCGCCGAUCGCUGCCGAACAGCCGCAUCAUGAUCCAUCAACCUCUUGGUGGCGCGCAGGGGCAGGCCGCAGACAUUGAGAUUCAGGCAAAGGAGAUCCUGUUUGUGCGCCAGCAGCUAAAUACUUUCAUCUCAGAGUAUACCGGGCAGCCUAUGGAUAAAAUAGAAGAGGACUGCGACAGGGACUUCUUCAUGUGUCCUGAAGAGGCUCUUUCCUAUGGGUUGAUCGACGAAGUUGUCAAGACCAAGACGUCCCAUAUUGCCAUGCCGCCGAUGCCUGAGCUGGCAUUCUAAAGCCCUGCCAUCUUCUGAUCACUGACGCGGCCGUGUUUGGUUACAGCGGCGAAUCAAAAUUAUGGUGCUGCCUUAGCCCACAUAGCUCCUACCAUGAGCUCCCGGCCGUGGGUCGGGCCCAGACGGUUGUAGUGGCAGAAUUAAGCGAGAGUUGACUUUUAUAGAAAAGUUACCUUGU